UACACAUCGUCUCAUUUCUCAUAGUCAUUACCAUAUUAUCAUCAGGAGAGCGUCCGUAUUGCCUUCUCCAGGGGAGACUCGAACAUUUUCGUUUACAACUAUUUUUAGACAUUCAUUCUUGUAUUCUACAGUCUCUGUACCUUGUCAUCUUGUGAAUAUUCUCUCAUUAUGCUUUCUCCUUCUUCGUCUACCGUCCCAGCCUUUGGUCUCCACAAACUCCCUCACUUGGUCUCGGAUAAAGUGGUGAAGUCAAUGGUCCCAAUGGAACUAUUUACCUACUCCAUGGUAGCCGAAGAAACAAAGGCUCUCGUGAAACGGCUCUUCAAAAAAGUUUCAUUUCAAGUGAGCAUCUUUGUUCAAGAGCAAGACUAUUCAGUGUCUUUUGGACAAAUCGGAGGAGCUAUAUCCAAUCUUGGAUGUGAAGUUUUGAGCCAAGAAAGUGAGCAAGUUAAUGGAACACAAAUAUGGAAAAUGGACGAGAAUACUGAAGUACAAAUGGAACAUUACUACGAUGGUCAGAUUUGUAGAAGCUAUUGGAAGAUGAAGAAGGAAACUGAAGCGAUCUUAAAAGUUCUAGACUAUCUCCGAUCAGUGUUCAAUGUGAAAGAAGUUUCAGUCAGCUUUUCUAUUGAUGAGAAAUAUGAUGCUGUGGAGUUCUUGAAGUCGGUUAAAAAUCGAGGAGUUCAACUCAAAAAUGUGAAUAUUACUGGCUUUGAAGUAACGUUGGAAGCGGAGGCUUAUAAAAAUCUCCUUAAUGAAUGUACAGAAACAUCUGAACUCAACGUUGCCCCUCACGUAAACUGGGGAUUUGAGUAUCCUGUUUCAAACUUUUCCAACUUUUGCCAAAAGUUUUUGACAAUUGAGCAUGCUCAUUGGGUGACUGUUCAUCAUUUGAAAUCUUUGAGAAACUGUGCGUCUGUAACUCUUAACAAUUCAAAGUUGACAAAUCAGAACUUGAAUUGGUUUCUUCGAGAAUGGAUGGAAAUGAGCGGAGCUUCGUUGCGAAACGUGGAUUUGGAAGUUAAACAACUCGAUUUACCACGGAUUAUUAAUGGAUUGAAAUGGACAAUAAAGGAAGGAAUUAUCUCGGGAUUCGGAGGAUUCCAAAAACUACCACCAGGAGAUUGUUUUGAGAUUCAACGAAUUGACGGAGUCAAAGCGACAAUUUCUCGAAUCGGAGAACGUUUUCUGAUGACCAGAGAUUGAUUAUUAAUAAUAAUAAUAAUUCCCAAUGUGGUUUUCUAAUAAAUUGCCUAAUUGUUCUAAUAAUAUACUGAAAUGAAAGUUUUUUUU